UCGUUAGAGUUCAGCGAAAUCAUCGAAAUUAUCACUAAAGACGAGCUGAACGUCACCGGAGAGGAGGAUGUGUUUCACGCAGUGAUGGCGUGGGUUAAGAGGGAUGUGGACACCCGGGGCUCACAACUGCCACACCUCUUGACGUGCGUUCGUCUACCGCUUCUGUCGCCUGAGUUCGUCGCCGAUUAUGUCAUCACCGAAGAGUUGAUCCGGACUUCGCAUUCAUGUCGCGAUUUGGUCGAUGAGGCCAAGGAUUACCAUCUGAUGCCACAGAGACGACCACUUAUGCAGAGUUUCCGAACUCGUGUCCGGUGUUGUAACGAUAUUCAGGGUCUUAUCUAUGCGGUGGGAGGGCUCACCAAAAACGGCGACUCAUUGAGUACUGUAGAGGUGUAUAACCCGCAGACGAGUCACUGGAAAAUGGCAGAAGCAAUGACAAUGUUGAGGUCGAGGGUCGGUGUGGCUGUCAUGGCCUCCAAACUCUAUGCCAUUGGAGGCUAUAAUGGAAGCGAAAGACUGAGUACUGUUGAAGUGUUUGAUCCCAAGAACAGGAGUUGGANAAAAUGGCAGAAGCAAUGA